AUGCUUAAUGUCACUUUGUUUUUGUUACUGGUACUACACAUGUUCUGUGUUCAAUCCAUCAGACCGAUGGCACAGUCAAAUGUUACUUUGAUUGCAGAUUUGGAUGUACUUAAAGAUGAUUCGACUAUCAAAGUUAGAGUGAUAAACCUAUGGAACCUUUUUUCAUUCUAUAACAAGGACGAACUUUUCUCCAUUGAAUUAAUCUUAAUAGAUGAGCAGGGUACUAAGAUCCAAACAAAUGUAACAAGAAAAAACAUCUAUCGAUUCAAAAACAUUCUAAAAGAUGGCUUGACAUUUUACAUAAAUUGUCCAAGCUUUGCAUCUCAAAGGAUGGGUGGUUUUACUUUAACUCGGCAAGAUCAUAAGCUUAGUUUUGUCCAUGAAACUGUUGUUACGGAGUGUCAUGACUUUUCUGGACCUACAUUUGAUUUUGAGUUUGUUGAUUACCAAUCUAUUAUCUCAUUGGUCCAUCCUAAAAACAUCGCUAUCGAUGUUAUUGGAUUAGUCGUUGCAUUUGGUGAGAUGUUGCGAGACAAUGAUGAUAAGAAAAAGCACAGGCUAAACAUCCAAAUCCAAGAUACAAAUGGUUUGCAAUUAAGUGUCAAUUUGUGGGGUGAUUUUGCUUACAAGAUGCAACACUUUCUUGAUAACAAUCCACACAAUCUUCGUAUCAUUGUUAUCCUUCAAUUUGCAAAACUUAGUAUUUGGAGAGAUCGUCCCACGGUUAACACCUACUUUUCCGUGUCAAAGUUGUUCAUAAACACGGGCAUCGAUGAAAUAAAUGUUUUUAAGAAAUGUUUGGAUGGAGAUGAUCGCCCUGAUUCAUCCACAAAUACAUUGACACGUAUGAAGUCUAAUAAAGUUUCCGAACAUGAUGAUUUCAUGGUUAACUUUCAGUUGAAGACAAUUUCUGAGGUUUCUGAACCUUUGGAGAAAAAUACAUUCAUUAUCGUGGGCACUAUAAAGGGAAUUUUACAAAAUGAACCAUGGCAUUAUUUCGCAUGUACAAGUUGCAACUACAAAUCAUUUCGUCCUCCUGGUGCAGACGAUCAACCUAAUGCUGAUGGAUUAACUAAUGGUUAUGAAUGUCAUAAUAAGGACUGCACAAAAACUGAAACUUCAGUUAUUCCGAGAUUUAUGAUUCCGUUGCGUGUACAAGACAGUACUGGUACUGUUACCUUAACCAUGUUUGAAAUGGAUGGAAAGUAUCUUUUGAAGAAAUCGGCCAAGGAUCUGUUUAAUAAAACAUUACAGCUUGGUUUUAGUACUGCUUUCUAUCCCGGAGAGAUAAAUGCACUUAAAGGUUUGAAAUUGGCGUUUAAAAUAUCAAUCAAACACUUCAACGUCUCAAAAAGGAACAACCAAUAUAGUAUAUGUAAAGUCAGCGAUGAUGAAAAGUUGAUUGAAGAACUGGAAAAUAAGUUUACCGUUUCACAGGUGGGUACUUCACAGUCAUUUGAUAUUGGUGAAGCCGAUUUUGAAUCACAAGAUAAUCGGAUUUUGAAGGAUGCAAUUUCUAGGACAGACGACAACAUAACACCUGAAACUGUUGAUAAAAACUCAGCAACAAGUCCCAUGAAGAGUUUCAAUACACCAACAGUUUUGAAGAGAAAUUUGGAAGAAGUCUUUGAUUUGGAGUUGAAUGAAAAGUUAUCAGCAACAAAAACUCCAAAAAUUUCACCGGAAGGACGCAUUAACCAGAUUGUGAAGGUAAAGUUGGAAAAAAUUGGUUGA